UGAUGGAAAACAGAUGAGCAAUAACAAGCCUUAAUCUCGCUCCUCAGUACUAAAAUGGGCUAAUCUAGAGGAGCUGCUUAUUCCACUAUCACCCGGGGUGCCAGCAGCACCAGUGAAGCGCUUGGGGGAACACUUUCUCAUCUUCUCUCCUUCAGAGGCGGACGCCACCGACAUUCCACUGACCUCGAGCUCCGGCGUGCUAGACAACACCGAGCCCAGGACUGCUCCAGCCCUACAAGAGCGGGCACCUUCUCUUUGGAGACAUGAAGAAAUACGUGCUCCUCCUGUUGCUGGCCUUGGGUUCUGCCAAACCCUUCUCCAGCCCUUCUUAUCUGACUCUGAAGAACAUGAUGCUCAAAGACAUGGAGGAUGCGGACGAUGACGAUGAUGACGAUGAUGACGACAAUUCUCUUUUUCCAACGAGGCAGCCCAUGAUGCCCUUCUUUCCCUUUGACCUGUUCCCGUCGUGUCCCUUCGGAUGCCAGUGCUACUCAAGGGUGGUCCACUGUUCUGACCUAGGUUUGACAUCGAUCCCAAACAACAUCCCGUUUGACACCAGACUGAUAGACCUUCAAAACAAUAAAAUCAAGGAGAUCAAAGAGAAUGACUUCAAAGGACUUACUUCGCUUUAUGGCCUCAUCUUAAACAACAACAAGCUAACCAAGGUCCAUCCCAAAGCCUUUCUACCUGUCAAGAAGCUUCGGAGACUCUACCUGUCCCAUAACCUGCUCACAGAGAUUCCCAUCAACCUGCCCAAGUCGUUGGCAGAACUCAGGAUUCAUGACAACAAAGUGAAGAAAAUACACAAGGAGACUUUUAAAGGGAUGAGCGCUUUACACGUCUUGGAAAUGAGUGCCAACCCCCUGGAGAAUGAGGGCAUCGACCCAGCAGCCUUUGAGGGCGUGACAGUCUUUCACAUUAGAAUCGCCGACGCAAAGCUGACCUCGGUCCCUAAAGGCCUGCCGUCAUCUCUGCUGGAACUUCACUUAGAUGACAACAAAAUCGCCACCAUAGAACUUGAAGACUUUAAGCGGUACAAAGACCUACAAAGGCUGGGCCUUGGGAACAACAAGAUCAAAGACAUCGAGAAUGGAAGCCUUGCCAACAUUCCACAUGUACGAGAAAUCCAUUUGGAAAAAAACAAGCUGAAAAAGGUUCCCCCUGGACUACAGGACCUGAAAUACCUUCAGGUGAUCUUCCUCCAUUACAACAACAUCACCAAAGUUGGGAUCAAUGACUUCUGUCCCACGGUAGCAAAGAAGAAGAAAUCCCUAUACAGCGCCAUAAGUCUAUUCAACAACCCCGUGAAAUACUGGGAGGUCCAGCCGGCCACCUUCCGCUGUGUCUUGGGCCGAAUGAGCGUCCAGCUCGGGAACUUCAGAAAGUAGUGCUCACGGAGGGACAAGAAGGCCUCUACUUGAAGUCUGUGAAGGCCGGACAGCCGUCCCCCCAAGUUCAGGUUCCAAAAUAAUCUCCUCUCUGAUUUGGACGAUUUGACAAGUCCUUCCUUGGUUUACUUGACAGAAACUAUGCAGAAUUUGACAAAGAUAUUGGCACACACCGGCAGGUAGGGGGACCAAAAUAUAGGUUUUGGCUUCUUUUGGCAGAGAGAAUGUCAAAUAGCAUAUUUAAAAAUCCCUUCUUUACUAAAAAUGCAAGAUUACAGGCAAAGACUUUGCCCUUAUGACCUUUUACUAAACAUUUUUAAAAAGCAGGAUGAUGCAUGUGAACUGUACAGGUCAAUUCACUGCUAGAGAAACACAACCGACAAAAACAAUGACAUCAGGGGCUACAGACCAGGCUUGGCCUUGUCCUAUCCCUGAUGAAUCAGGAAGUACUGUACUGUAAAUGUCUGAUGGAAUAAGCAGGGUCCUGGGCACCCAACAGGGUGUGUCUGACCAGUGAGGCCGGGGGCAUCCAGCAGGGGCCCUGCCCCCCGCCCCCCAGCAGCCCAGUGAUCCAAGGUCACAUGUUUGCUUUUAGGGUCAUACAGAACUAGGUAGAAGCAGCACCUAGGUGGUGCAUUAGUGAGCUCCUGCUAGAAUACUUCUAUAUCCGCCUUCUCCAUUAUCCGAGUUAUCUUUGUACGCUUUUCAUGCCGUAUUAUUAGACGAUGUGCAAUGACACAGUGUAACCUCACUACCUGCGGCAUCUCCCGCGCUGAGAGGAGCCUGUAUGCUCGACCAUGUUUUAUGGCAACUGAAGGUUCCCUCUGGGCUGAUCAAGCUAGGUAGCAUUAAAAGAGAUUUAAGAGACUCGGUAGCAUAUGUAAAGUAUACAAAUAUUUAAAGUUUUGUAUAAAAAUCAGGAAUAUUUUCUGUAUCUCGACCUGUGUAUUUAAUAAGUUAAGUAAUAUUUGAGACUAAG